AUGUCUUCCACGCCACCCGACGGAGACGGCCUCAAUAUGAUGUGGUGGGCAGCCCGACACCCACCAACAGAUCCAACGACCUCCUUCGCUGGUCAAACCGUCCUCAUCACCGGUGCCAAUACGGGUCUAGGCUAUGAAGCUUCUUUGAAAUUUGCUACAUGGGGUGCCUCACGCCUCAUAUUCGGUGUCCGAUCGCUUCACAAAGGCGAAGAGGCCCGAGCACGAAUAUGCCAACAAACCGGCUACGAUGCAUGCAACAUCCAGCUCUACGAACUCGAUAUGAGCACAUUUGCCUCUGUCAAAGCCUUUGCUGAAAUGGCUGCCAAAGAACCUCGGCUGGAUAUCGCAAUUCUUAAUGCCGGAAUCAUGGCGCCGUCCUAUCGUCUCAGCCCUGAGGGAUACGAGAUGUCUCUGCAAGUGACGGCUCUCUCAACCGCACUACUGGGUAUACUUCUCCUGCCACAGCUCCAAAAUUCACCUGCCAUCUCUGGCAAGCCGGCACAUCUUGAACUUGUGGGCAGUAUUGCCGGUCGCAAUGUAAAGCCUGAUAUCUUCUCGCGGUCCGAUGCCAAGAUCUUGGACCAAGUCAAUGAACCGAGCUUCUUCGGGGUGCACAGACAGUACAACGUCACAAAACUCUUGCUCUUUUAUGUUCUAGAUGGUUUGGUGGAGUUUACGAGCAGCUCAGACGUCAUCGUCAAUGCUGUUUGCCCGGGGCCUUGUCGAACGGACCUUGGCCGAGACUUCUCGAGCUGGUUGAAGGUUCCCAUGGCUCUCAUUCAAUCUGUGCUUGCUCGCUCGGCCGAGGAAGGGGCGAGAAGCUACGUUAGUGGAGUGACACUUGGUCAAGAAGCGCAUGGUCAAUUCUGGAGUGCCGAUAUGUUCUUCAGGUAUGUAUUGCUUAGCCAUAGGGUUCAGUCCGCCAGCUAA